ACCGCAGUUCACUUUAUUACAUCAAUGUUUGCCACAACAUUAGAAUACAGCCAAUUUUAUCUAAACUAUUAAAAUACAUAGUGCAGUUUACUUAAAAAUGACCCUCUCCAGAGUAUAGCAGCAGCUUUAUUGAAGUGUUUUUGACCUCAGUGAGCAUAUAAGGUCAUAUCACACAGACAGCACAUUGGGUAAGGGGUCAUCAUUGAUCACAAGGUCCAUUGGAAAAGAGCAAUAUUAAUACAAUCACUUCUACUUAAGAGGCACAUCCAAUAACAUAUAAGAUAUUUCUGCCCUGGGUCUUGUAAGCUGUGAUUAAUGAGCUGUUCGGGGGUAUGAAGUGGCCUAUUGACAAACUAAAAGUCUCGUUGUGCUUUAUUAGGAAAAAGUCCACUUUUCUGCUUAAGUUCCCUCAGGCUGGAACCCUUCAACACUGUCCCAUCAUAGAGUCACAUGAGGCUAUACACACAAACACACACAAACACACACACACAUAUGUGCACAUCCCAACCACACCACUAAACACUUGCAUUUGUAACCACACAACUUGAUUUAUCAAGAUCAUAUGUCUUAUCAUUUGUGUCUUAGUGUUAUGAGCUAUAGUUAUGUCUUUAUGUUAUACAAAACCUUGCAUGACACACACACACACCACACACACAGUGAAACACUUUUGUACAAACCACAUUAACAGCAAUGUCCAGGACUUUAUCAGUGUAUCCCUAACACAAUCUGAUAUGCUAAAUUUUAUAGAUAUGCCUGAAAGGCGCCAUGAAUUAAAACAGAAAUAUCAACUUUUAGGGAAUAACUGACUAAUUAGUAUGGUGCUGAAACUCUAAAGCUAAAAAAAAAAAGAGGCUAUGAAUAAUAAAAGCAGUUUGUUGCUGUCUUUAUCUGUCCACACCAAGGCUGAUUAGGAUGUUAUUAAUGUCCUACUGGUUGGUCAAGAUGAGCUCCACUUAAGGCUUUAGGCUAUAACAAACUGGAAAUGCAAGGUUUGUUGCUCCAAAAAGGCUUUGGGUGCAUGUGUGUGUGCACGCACAUUGGUCUAUUCACAACUCUUAAGGCGGCAUGCCUGCAUGCGUGUGCAGCUGUGAUUAGUGCAUGUCAGUGGCACUAUGAGUAUUGUAAUGGAUGAGCCAAGCAUGGAGGUCCCCAGUGAGAGUCUCAUGGUGUAUAAAACCAGCCUGUUCCUGGACACAAACAGCCACUCUUAAUCUAUCACAGAUCUCCACUGGUCUCGAUGUAUAAACAGGAGUUGCUGACUGGAGUGAACAGAAAUAUCAAAGGAAGAGACAAAACAGCAAAUUCUUUCAUAUUAUUUAUCUUGUAGACCUUCAAGCGAUGGCUGGUCCUCAGCUGUCUCAGAACUAUGAACUAUCUCUGCCCUGCUGUGCAGACAGGGGGUCACUGUCGAGCGCCAAGGCCCCCCAAGUGAGUGUGGUUAGGGUACAGCUGGAGAUGCAUGCACUUUGGCAACAGUUUGACCAGCUGGGCACAGAGAUGAUUGUUACCAAAGCUGGAAGGAGGAUGUUUCCAACGUUCCAGGUGCAAAUCUCCGGAAUGGAUCCUGCUGCUGAAUAUGUCUUGCUCAUGGACUUUAUCCCUGUUGACGAUAAAAGAUACAGAUAUGCGUUCCACAGCUCAUCCUGGUUGGUGGCAGGGCGAGCGGAUGUCGUGGCCCCAAGCAGGAUGCAUUUCCACCCAGAUUCACCCGCCUGUGGAGCCCAGUGGAUGAAGCAGACUGUAUCUUUCGACACUCUCAAGCUCACCAACAACCUACUCGAUGACAAUGGACAUAUGAUACUGAACUCCAUGCAUCGCUACCAGCCACGCUUCCAUGUGGUAUAUGUGGAUCCAACUCCCAACAGUCAUUUAAAUGCAUACAAGAACUUCUGCUCUUUUUCCUUCCCCGAGACACGCUUUAUGGCCGUCACUGCAUAUCAGAACCACCGGAUCACCCAGCUAAAAAUUGCUAGCAACCCAUUUGCUAAAGGCUUCAGGACUACAGACCCCCAGGACCGGGUGGGUAAAUCUGGACACUUACCAGUGUGGUGUCCACCAGAGGGCAGAGCUGAGCCCCUCAUCACCGGGCAGAAAAAUUGGGGCACAAUGAUUUCAACUAGACAAGAGGAGCCAGCCCCGUUGUUGGUGGAGCAGUGUGGACUUCUCCACCACUGCAAAGACUCAGUGGGAUUCACCAUGGAGAGGAAAGAUGGACACAGUAUAUUGGCACCUGCUUCCUUCCUCCCUGUUCCUUACUACUGGGAUUGUCCAGGGUCAUCUCAAGAGAGAGGCAAUCUGUCAUAGGAGAGAGAAGCAAACUGAAUGAGCUUUGAAUUCAAUUUGAACUACUGCCUGCUUCCUCAUUUACGUUAUUGUGUGUUUUAUACUCAGUGUAUAUAGUUUGUGGUGUCCCUCACAAAAUUAAUUUAUUGUAACUAUGUUUCACCAAAACAACAAUGCAAUGUGAUACAUUUCCAGCAAUGAUGCUGUAGGCCUUUAUAAUAGCAUAGCAUACAAUAAGAGUAUUACAGAGUCACAGUGUGUACUAGAAAUUAUAGCUAUAACAAUGGCAAAUCACUGACAGACAAAAUCUAAAAUACUAGAACCCCACCCCAAAACACAGCUAAAAACAACAUAACACACUUUUUGAAAAUGAUAUAUGGUGAUUUCUCCUAAUGAC